UCCCUUGUAGGGAGCCCGGAAAAACCUUCAGUAGGGCUGCUAACACUGAUGAGAGAUCUUUUAUGCCAAGGUUGUCGCUGUCUGAACAGACCACACCAUGCGUGAGUACAAGCUAGUGGUCCUUGGUUCAGGAGGUGUGGGGAAGUCCGCUUUGACUGUACAGUUCGUUCAGGGAAUCUUUGUUGAAAAAUAUGACCCGACAAUAGAAGACUCAUACAGAAAGCAAGUGGAAGUAGACUGCCAACAGUGUAUGCUUGAAAUCCUUGAUACAGCAGGGACAGAGCAAUUUACGGCAAUGAGGGAUCUCUAUAUGAAGAAUGGUCAAGGGUUUGCACUAGUAUAUUCUAUAACAGCACAGUCCACGUUUAACGACUUACAGGACCUGCGGGAACAGAUUUUACGGGUUAAGGACACUGAAGAUGUUCCGAUGAUUCUGGUGGGCAAUAAAUGUGACCUGGAGGAAGCGCGUGUAGUCGGCAAAGAACAGGGUCAGAACUUAGCAAGACAGUGGUGUAACUGUGCCUUUCUAGAAUCGUCUGCAAAGUCUAAAAUCAACGUUAAUGAGAUCUUUUAUGACCUGGUCAGACAGAUAAAUAGAAAAACACCAGUGGAAAAGAAGAAGCCUAAAAAGAAAUCAUGUCUGCUGCUUUAGACUCCCGUGGCGCAGCAGCUCUGAGCCAGAUUGCAGGAAUGAAGAACUGUUGCCUAAAUGGAAAGUGCCAGCAUUCCCGACUUCAAAACCUUAUGGAAAUUAAUAACAUAUCUGAAGAAGCUUCUCCUGUUUUUAUAUACCAUGAGAAGAUUUAGAUCUUAAAAUGGUUUGCACACAGUCCCUGGAAAAAGAAAUUGCUCUGUGUAUCUCUCUCGGAAAUUUGAGACAAUAGUACUCCUCCUUUGCAAUAGCAAUUAACAGAUGUGAAAACAAAUAUAAUUGACUCUAGUGUAUGAUCCUACAAAGGAGCAUGGAUGCAUUUCAAACGUUAGAUAUUGCUACUACAAUUAAAAUUUCAUAUUGACCCUUUUAUCUUAAUUUCUUGUCAUCGAGCACUAAAAAUGUUCCACCGUUACAUUUUAUAUCUACAAGCAUAGAUAUGUAUUAUCUGAAAUUUCCCUUUGAACUCACUGCAACAAAUAACUUUUUGAGUCAUUGACUUCAUUUUAUAUUUAAAAGUUACGGAAUAUCAUUAUUUUCAUUCUGCCAUUAUAUUCUCAUUGAAAAUGUUUGUGCAUAAUGCUUUGGAAAAAUGGGUCUUUUAUAGGAAAAAACUGGGAUAACUGAUUUCUAUGGCUUUAAAAGCAAAAAUAUAUAAUAUACUAAACCAACUCUAAUAUUGCUUCUUGUGUUUUACUGUCACAGAUUAAAUUACAGCUUUUACGAAUGAUUAAAUUUUAGUACAUUUUCA